AUGGUCGUGUACGUACACGACUGGAAUUUCAGUACCACCGACAGCUCCUUCUCCAGCUCCAGCAUCAAUACAGACAAAGCGCUUUGGGGCUCCACGGUGACCCACAGCCCCGGUGGGCUGAGCCGGACCGGCCAUACAGUGGUGGCAGUAUGCCUCGGCUUUAUUUUAGUGGCAGGAAUCCUCAGCAACUUUCUCACUCUGCUUAUUUUUGCAAAGUUUCGGUCCCUCUGGACGCCCAUCAAUCUCAUCCUGUUGAACAUCAGCCUAAGUGACAUUCUCGUGUGCGUUUUCGGGACACCGUUCAGUUUUGCUGCCAGCCUGCACGGGAGCUGGCUAAUUGGAGAGUACGGCUGUAAGUGGUAUGGAUUUGCCAAUUCCCUCUUUGGGAUUGUGUCCCUUGUGUCCUUAUCUCUUCUAUCGUAUGAGCGCUACACCACCGUGCUCCAUUCCUCUCAGGUUGAUGUCUCAGACUUCAGAAAGGCCUGGCUGUUUGUUGGAGGCUCUUGGUUCUACUCUCUCUUUUGGACAUUGCCACCACUCCUCGGUUGGAGCAGCUAUGGACCAGAGGGUCCUGGUACCACUUGCUCCGUCCAGUGGCACCUCCGCUCACCCUCCAGCAUCUCGUAUGUGUUGUGUCUCUUCAUCUUCUGUCUGAUGCUGCCCCUUCUGCUCAUGCUAUAUUCUUAUGGAAGAAUCCUGAUGGCUGUUAGGAGGGUGGGAAAAAUCAAUCUUCUGGCAGCUCAGCGCAGAGAACACCACAUUUCGCUGAUGGUUUUCUCUAUGGUGUCCUGCUACAUGCUGUGCUGGAUGCCCUAUGGCAUUGUGGCACUGAUGGCCACCUUUGGUGGGUCGGGGCUGGUGACUCCCAUCACGAGUGUGAUUCCCUCCAUCCUGGCCAAGUUCAGCACUGUUGUCAACCCUGUUAUCUACGUUUUCUUCAACAAACAGUUUUAUAGAUGUGUUUUGGCCUUCAUGAAGUGCAAAGAAGAACCUGAGAUUGUACAAAGAGAAGAGCACCGAACUCCCGGGACACAGUUGUCAGAAUAUUUCCGUGUCCAUAGGCAAGCUUCCCUCAGCUCCCCACAAGUCCAGAUCCCCAGUGGCCCCAGAAACACUGUGCUCUGCAGCCGACAUAUAGUGUUUGUUCACUACACUCCAUAA